AUGUCUCGACUCUUUCUCGUCGUCGUUUCCCUCAUCCUUCUCGGCCUCCAAACAAACAGUGAUACCGUAAAUUCAUCGUCGGUGGUUUGCAGAUCAUUUUACAUGUGCGGUAGCGUUAACAUCAGCUACCCUUUCUGGUACCAAAAUGAUAGUCUAAGCAUAAGCGACACCGACUACUGUGGAUAUCCUGGCUUCGGUCUCUCCUGCUCAAUUGCCGCCGGUGGAAUCUAUAAAACCGUCCUCCGUCUGCCCAAAGAUACCUACCAUGUCACCAACAUCAAUUAUGCCCAUCAAACUCUCACCCUGGUCGACGCUGACGUUACGAUCAAUGAAUCAUGUCCAAAAGUACGGCACAACAUCACCCUCAACACCGUACCUGAAUUGCACUACUCCAAAUAUGCUUUAAACCUCUCCUGUUUCUAUAAUUGCUCUUCGAUCCCUUCUGAUUUCUAUUCAUACUAUAGUGGUAAUAGGCUCUCCUGCCUUGCAAACCAUGCAAAUCAGCAGUCGUUCGUUUUCCAGGAGGGAAAAGUUCCGAGGGGGUUUGAUUGGUACAAGAAUUGUGAGGAGCACGUUGUGACCACGGUUAUCUCGCCGAAUUCGGUUUUGAUUAAUAGGAUUAAUCGGUUGCUGCUAGCUGGGUUUGAGUUGUACUGGGGAAGAAUAAAAGAUUGUUUUGUAUGCGAAAACUCUGGUGGGCGUUGUUUAUACAAAAAGAAGGAGCUGCUCUGCUUUUGCAAGAAUGGAACCCAAAGGACGGAAAGCUGUUCCGGUUACGUGGCAGAAACUACUAUUGGUAUUGUUGGUAGAAAUAAUACUAUUGGAACUAUUGGAAUUGGUGGAUCUGCUGCAUCUGGAUCUGCAUCAUCCUGA